UGCUGUGUCAAAACAAGAUGAAGUAAAUCUCUCCGCCUGCCGAGCGAGAGUUCGUGUCAAUGACAGUUCCCCGGGUCUCCGUCGGAGUACAGCGACCAUCCAUUUCCUCAGGCCUGAACUGAGCUGCGUCGAAAAUAACCGGAACGAUGCAGUUCUCUCCGUCCAAUGGAGACUUUACCUUCGUCUCGUCGACUGAGGCCGAAGAGCUCAGUGGUACCAUCGAUGCUCAGGACAUUAAACUGAACAUGGGCAGUGAUGGUGGGAAAGACCUGUACGCAACCACCUUUUUGAGACAACGGGGUUAUGGCUGGUUGCUGGAGGUUGACGAGGAGGACAAUGAAGACAUUAAACCUCUUCUGGAGGAGCUGGACAUUGACCUGAAGGACAUCUACUAUAAGAUUCGCUGUGUGCUGAUGCCCAUGCCCUCUCUGGGUUUUAAUCGCCAGGUUGUGAGGGACAACCCGGACUUCUGGGGUCCUCUGGCUGUGGUGCUGCUCUUCUCCAUGAUCUCCAUCUAUGGACAGUUCAGGGUUGUUUCUUGGAUCAUCACCAUCUGGAUAUUUGGAUCAUUAACCAUUUUCUUGCUUGCUCGGGUUCUUGGUGGUGAGGUGUCCUAUGGCCAAGUCCUUGGAGUAAUUGGAUACUCCCUUCUCCCGCUCAUCGUUAUAGCCCCCCUACUCUUGGUCAUAGGGGGAUUUGAUUUAGUUGCUACCCUAAUAAAACUUUUCGGGGUCUUCUGGGCUGCCUACAGCGCUGCUUCCCUGCUCGUCGGAGACGAAUUCAAAACCAAGAAGCCUUUACUCAUCUACCCCAUUUUCCUUCUGUACAUCUACUUCCUGUCUCUGUAUACCGGCGUCUGACUGGACAAGUGGUCGCUGUGGACCUUCUAUUGGAUACUGACCCUGGGACAUAGCAGACAGACACAAGGACUCAUUCCACACUGCGGAAAAGGGGCAUGGGUUUUUUAUGUUUUUGUGUUAACCCGGUAAUAUUCCUGGAGCCCAGCUUGUGGGGGGUCUGCGGUUACUUGGUAUAUAUAUUUACCCAUCAUGUCUGUUAAAUCGGGGGUGGGGUGGGGGGGUCCUUACACAGUUGAAAACCCCGUUAUGCAGAUUUUUCUUCUCACUCGUCUAUAUCCAGCUAUUAAAACCCUCGUACCCCUGAGGUGGCUCUAACGGGACACGACUGUAACUAUAUGAUGAAGGUUGACUGCUCGUCAUACUUUUCCCAUUAAAGAAAAUGGUGCCAAAUGUCUGUUUAACGGGGGAAAAUAAAUUUUAAUAAGUAGAUUUUACUAUGCCCAAAAGUUGAGGGAGGACAGUCAUCGUACUGCGUUGUUAUGUACUAUUAUUAACAAUGACCAUUUGUAUUUUUUAUUUUUUACAAGCUUUUUCUUAACUUAUGGAUGUCACCCAGGAUAGAAGCUGGUUAGCUGCAGGAGUGGGAGAAAUAAAGCGUGGUCUGAGAAA